AUGAAGACGAUGACAUCAGAGAUGAAGCCGCCGUCAUCGUCGUCAUCGUCGUCGCUGUCGUCACGAGGUCUCCCGAUUGACGUCAUCGUGGAGAUCGCCGAGCGCUCCGACCCGAUCACGCUCCUCCGCUGCGCCGCCGCGUGCAGGCAGCUCCGCCGUGCCAUCUCUGGCGAGGGCCUCCGCCGCGAGCUCCGCCUCCGCAACGCCGCCGGCUUCGUCCCGGUCCUCCUCCGGGGCUUCUACUACCAGCCUCUCCACGGCGCCCACGGUUUCCUCCAAGAGCCGGUCCGCUUCUUCGCCGCCGGCGCCGGCGCCGGCGACCACCAUGGCCAGCUCCCGGCGGGCGACGACGCCGUUGAGUCGCUGGCCCUCGGGUUCGAACCCGUGGAGGCGCGCGGCGGCUUCGUCGUCGCUCGGACUGGCAGGUCCUCCGGCGAAGUGUGCAACCCCAUGACGGGCUACGUGCUCCCCAUCCCUCUGCCGAGGAAGGAUUUGGUGACGUCAUACCUGCUGCUCACCGCCGACGAUGGCGUCGGACUCGGACCGAGCUCCGACGACGACUCCGAGCUCCACCGGUUCAGGCUCCUCGCCGUGCAGCUCUGCCAGCCGACGAACCAGGGGCGGCGGCUUCGACUGAAGAUGCAGGCGUUAACCCCGGUCACUGGCAGAUGGGGCCCCACCACCAAGAUUCCCGUCCAUGGCGUCGGCGGCGACAUCCACCAACACCCGGGCGCCGAGCUACUCGGCCGGCAUCCCGUCGUCGUCAAUGGCGCCGCCUACUUCCUCGUCGUGUCCCACUCCUUCGACCGCCAGCGCCCGCACCCGCCGUCUCACUACUUCAUCCUCCGCGUCGACGUCUCCGACCACGGCGGCGGCGACGGUAGAAACGGGACGACGAAGGCCGCGACGAUCAUCCCGGCGCCGGAGGGGCUGAAGCCGCCGUCGUGCUCGCGCUGCACCAGCAGCGAGGCGGCGGCGGCGGUCGUCACGUCGAAGCAGCUCCUGCUGACGCCGUCGCGCGACAGGAGGUCGGUGGCGCUGCUCGUCUGCCGGACCACCAGGGUGGAGAUCCACACGCUGGACAUGCUCGCGGCGCCGUCGGCGUGGGCGCGCGCGACGGAGGUGGUGGACACGGCGGCGGUUCGCCGGAGGCCGUGCGACCUGUCGGAGUCGGAGGUGGAGCUGCAUUGGUCCGGCGAGGCGAGCGGCGCCGUGGUGCUCCGGCUCGGCGGCACGGUGUGCCAGCUGGACCGAGCGACCAUGGCGAUCCGCACGAUCGACGAGGAGUUCCCCGAGUUUCGCUACAGGAGUCGCCAUAUGUUGCUGCCCUACGAAAUGGGUUUGUCCAGUUGGGUUCCUUCGAUAUCUACAUCUGCAUAAAAAAUUUUGGAACAAAAUGUAUAAAUAUAUACAGUUAUUUUCACCGAUUUUAUACAAAUAUACUACCA